AUGCCUGAGAAUCUGAGAGUCGACAUGUUUCAUUUUUCCAUCGAAGAGGAGAUGACGAUAGCGAGGGAGCCUCGCAGCUCCUCCAGGAAACAUCGCUCAGGGAAAAAGCCCAAGUCGAGCGGCGGCCGAGAGCCACAUGCAAUGAUAUCCCACACCAACUCGACCUUGGACGAUUUAAUGAGCAAUAUUCAUCUCGACGAGCGCAUUCAGGAUGGCCCAUAUUCCUCGGCCGACCUAUACGACCUCGGUACUGCGGCUUCCUCCACCCAGCAGUCUGGAUUCACCCUGAGGGAUUCCAGCGAGGACUGGCCGCCUUCUACAGGAUAUGACCCUGCCUCGGGCUGGCCGCCUUCUACAGGAUAUGACCCUGCUUCGGGGUCCGGCUGGUCACAUGGUGCUUCUGCUCAACUCCAAUCCCAGGACGAAGAGGAAAACUGGUCAGAUCAGAAGCAAGCUCACAAGCCCCUCUCAACGAAGUCCAAAAAGGGCUCCUUGGGACCGCAUUCGUCCUCGGUUCGGCAGCGUGGAACGGCGCGCAACUCAGGUUUUCUGGCGGAAGAGCCUGCGCUAGAGGAAUAUACUGCUCGUUGGGAGCAGGAUGGCUACGAAUCUCGUACUCCACAACUGUCUCGGGAUGGGAAAACCCGAUCAGGUCGGCAACCGGCCCACAAGAACCACUCGACCACAUCCAGAAGCAAUCGCAAAGAGCUGCAUUCGUCGUCGGUUAAGCAGCCCAAAACGGCACGUUACUCGGACACGCCCUUGGAAGCGAGCACCCCAUACCCAUACUAUGACCCUGACUACCCUGACUACCCUGACUCUGCACAUGAUACGGGAACACUCGGUCCGGGUGUCGAAAAUGAACGGCCUUCCGAUCCACCGCGGCCCCCACGUCUUGAUCCGCCAGCAUAG